AUGCUGGGAAAUGGAAAUUAUGAUGUGAAUGUCAUUAUGGCAGCACUACAAACCAAAGGCUACAAAGCUGUUUGGUGGGACAAGCGCAGGGAUGUCAGUGUCAUUGCUCUCACUAACGUCAUCGGCUUUAUCAUGAAUCUGCCCUCCAGCCUGUGCUGGGGUCCACUGAACUUACCUCUCAAAAGGCUGCACUGGAUCUGUGUUCGAGAGGUAGGAGGGGCCUACUAUAACCUCGACUCCAAACUCAAGAUGCCUGAGUGGAUUGGAGGCGAGAGUGAGCUCAGGAAAUUUCUAAAACAUCAUUUGCGAGGAAAGAACUGUGAACUCCUGCUGGUGGUACCAGAAACAGUAGAGGCCCAUCAGAGUUGGAGGACUGAUAUGUAACACGGUUCUGCCCAACCUUGCCUUUGUCUCAGCCCCUUCAGUCAUCUGUGAUGUGCUGUGGCCUCUACUGUGGGUCUGUCCUUGCCAUUUCCCCAAACAUCUCAUUGGGUUUUUCCUCUUCAGAUUUGACAGUGCAAUAGGACAGAUACAUGGA